CAGGAUUACCUGACGGGUCUUCCUCGAUGGCAGGCACUGAACAGAGUAUUUGCCAAGCCCGGGCUUCAGUUAUGGUCUAUGACGACACCAGUAAGAAAUGGGUGCCAAUCAAACCUGGACAGCAGGGAUUCAGCAGAAUCAACAUAUACCACAAUACGGCCACUAACACCUUCAGGGUAGUUGGAGUUAAACUGCAAGAUCAACAAGUAGUUAUUAAUUACUCAAUUGUGAAAGGACUGAAGUACAAUCAAGCAACACCUACCUUUCAUCAAUGGCGCGAUGCACGGCAGGUCUAUGGCUUGAAUUUUGCAAGCAAAGAAGAGGCUACCACGUUCUCCAAUGCAAUGCUGUUUGCUCUGAAUAUCAUGAACUCACAAGAUGGAGGUCCAGCUGCCCAGCGCCAGGUCCAGAAUGGGCCAUCUCCGGAUGAGAUGGAAGCACAGAGAAGACAAGUGAUGGAGCAACAGCAACAGCGCCAGGAAUCUCUGGAAAGAAGAACCUCUACCACAGGACCAGCACUUCCACCUGGUCAUCCCAGUGGUGCUGCUGUGAUCCCUGCUUCGUCCGGGGGGCCCCCACCUCCGCCACCCCCCCGUCCUCCGCCACCCAUGGGAGCUGCACCCCCCCCGCCGCCCCCGCUGCCAGCAGGCGCCGGCCAAGGGGCUGGCACUGAAGAUGGGUCCGUGUCAGGGCUCGCAGCGGCUCUGGCUGGUGCCAAACUAAGGAGAGUUCAACGGCCAGAAGAUGGUUCUGGAGGGUCCAGCCCCAGUGGGGUCUCUAAGAGCGAUGCCAAUCGAACAAGUAGCGGAGGAGGCGGAGGAGGACUAAUGGAAGAAAUGAAUAAAUUACUGGCAAAAAGGAGGAAAGCAGCGUCGCAGUCAGACAAGCCAGCUGACAAAAAGGAAGAGGAAAGCCAAAACGAUGAUGCUAGCACCUCUCCUUCACCCAGUACACGAGGUCCCGCCCAGCAGCAGCAAAAUUCAUCAGACUCUGGGAAGAAGCCAUGGGAAAGGAGCAAUUCUGUUGAAAAGCCUGUAUCUUCAUUACUUUCUAGAAAUCCAUCAGUGGUGAAGAGCUGUGAAGCUAAGAGCCCCACACAAUCCCACCUGUCUUCUAGGAUGAAGCCAGUGAGCAGCAGCAAUGACGUGGCUAUGGAUGCCUUAGAUUUUGAUCGAAUGAAACAGGAAAUAUUGGAGGAAGUUGUAAGAGAGUUACACAAAGUGAAAGAGGAGAUAAUUGAUGCCAUACGGCAGGAGUUGAGUAGAAUCAGUACAACAUAAUGAUUGCAAAGCAUUGGACGGUACUAAGAAUGCUAGGAAGAUCGGAUCAUUUCUAAGUGUACCAAGGUCAUGCAAGAUGGUGAGAGAGGACACCGGCACUGUCUUUGUUCUUAUACCCUUUUUAUUAGCAGACUCAGCACACUUUGAAGCUUGCUGCUGCCUUGGAUUCGCUUCAUUUUAAAAGUCUUAAUCUAAAGAAUAUUAAAUUUUAAAUUUCUGGAUUUUUUAGAUUUCAUCUGACACUGCACAUUGGAUUUGUCAGCCUUUUUUGUAUUUUGUAUUUGCUUAUUUAAAUGUAUUACCUUUCUUUUUAGUAGUAGAUAAGAACACACGUGAACCAUUUGCUUUUGAUAGAUGACUUCAAAGUAAUUUUACUAGUAGUCUGCAAUGUAAAUGAAGAUCCUUUGCCAACAGAAAUGUAUUGUGGCAUCACCAGAAGAAACAGAGACAUGUUAGUUGUCAGCCAACAAGUUCUUUGUCUCAGAGUUAUCACAAUAUAAAAAAAUGGUACGUCAGUGCAUCACAGUAUCUGUGUUCAUAUUGGUAAUAAACUGUUUAUUGUCCACAUG